AUGAGACAAACAAUCCGGCCAACUCCGAAUACAAAUCACGAAAGUCGUCCUCUUUUCGAACCAUCACCCCAGGGACCCAUGUCUAAGUGGAGCACAGAAAUUGGCGCCCCUCUUUCAUCAUCAUCGAAACGGCAUCGCAAGCAAGCUUCGUCUGGCGUAUUCUCUGUGGCAACUUUGCCUGAAUACCAGCACACUCGACACCGCCCUUCUACUUCUCUCUCGGCUGUAUGGAGUCCUACGGGGGAUUAUGUACCCCCUCCAGACUAUAGUGACGCUCAAGACGUAUCGCUCGCAGCGCAUGAUACUCUGGCGAGUGCCGAUGAAGCUGAUGAAGAUUCGGACACCCCACCUUCCAGAAAACGGAUCUUGAAACACAUGCGAUCGCGCACUGCGCUGGCUCGUGUGACAACCACACCAGAUAUUGAUAGUGUCCUGGAGCGUAGUGUUCAAGCCCUCGAGAUGUCAAAUGUACUAUUGCAAUCAUCUUUGUCCACUCAUACAGCCUUCUCUAGAGCGUUAAUGAGCGAUAAUGAGACCGAGGAGUUGACAGAGUGGCAUAAUGAGCUUUUGUCACGCAGACGGGAAAUCCCUCGUAUCCAAGGGCCACACGGCAAACACGUUAUAGAUGACGAGGAUAUCAUUGUCGAGCAGUCUUCCCUCAGCCAGAGUGCUCACCAUUGUACUGGGUCAUCUCGUACCUGCGUAGAUACCCCUCCACACUCCAUUGGUGCUCAAAUACACACCAAUUCGACGCGCCUGCAUCACUCCGCACUUCGAACACUGCACCAGCCAUCCAUGCCAAGCUUAACCAUUCACUCGCCGUCCCCAACUACUCCAGCAUAUGAUCUACUCUCGUCGAUUGCCACGCGGGCUCCAACUUUGGGUGUGGAGGGGCGUAGCGGGCGAAAGUCUCGGCAUUCCCCCUUUCCACCUUCAGAUGUUACCGACCAUCAGGACUUAUCGUCGCGCUCCCUUCAUCCGCCGUCAGCGUAUUUGUUACAUGUCACACCUCGAGCAUCCUCCCAGAGAUUACGUUCCGAUAGCUCUCGCCCACAUUUCCCGAAAUCCUCUCUCCGUGCGAUAAUGUCGCCUAGCUUCUUUUCAAAGCCCACCAAAGAUUCUACAAUGUCAUUCCCUCCCCUCUCUGAUGGAAGAGGAGCUGAGGCUUUGAGAAUCAUUUUGCAGCGUGAUGUCGCAAAAGUGGCAGCAGCUCAAGAUAAGAUGUACAGGCAGUACGAGAGGCCCUUGAGUUGCUCCCCUCGAUUAGAGCAUUCACGGUAUACAUCUCGAUCCCCCAACAUCAUGCACACUGCCCGUCCUCCAAGUCCCGCUGGAAGUGCAGAAUGGAUAGUUGUGGAUCCGCCAACACCACCGAGAUCUGACCUUACCGACUCGAACUAUUCCGCCCCACGGAUUGUGACUUCGGCAAGGUUAUCUGCACCCACAUCUGUGCCCCGGCGUGGUCCACAUCCCCCCGUUAUUCGCGUUUCUCUAACCAGUGGCACUGAUGACACUGAGGCUCCCGGUUUCCUUGCUGAACAGUGGAAACGGGAGCACCGUGAUGUACGGCACGAGGACACCGAUCGGGAACAGGUCCAAUCGGAUGGUUGGUUACUUUAA